AUUUGAGGCUUGUACGUUUAUUUUUAUUUAAAAAAGAUAUAAAAGUUCGUAACCAAAUUUUUUCAAUUUGUAAUCAACUAAAUACGCCGCCAUCUUGGGAGGCCAAAAUUGGCUUCAAAAAAUUUGCUGUAUACGCCAUCCAGUUAUAUUUGAGAUCAGUGAAAUGGGAAACAAAAGCAGUUUGAUUAAAAAAGAAGAAAAAAACACAUCAAAUGAUAUUUUUCUAUCUAACGAUGCUUUUUUAUCUAAUGAGGUUGAAAAUGAAGACACAAAUAUAUAUCAACAGAUAAGAGUAAUUGUUAUUGGAGCUGGUUGUAUUAAAAGAAAAAUUUGCUGAUACUGUAAUCAUUGCUACAUUAGAUGAUUUGCAUUAUGAGCCGUGUCUUGCAUUUGCCAAUCUAGGCUACCACAUCCUUUGUGAAAAACCUAUGGCUCCCACUGAAGAAGAGUGUGAAAAAAUGGUAGAAGCAGCAAAACAAAACAACAUAAUACUUGCUAUAGGCCAUGUUAUGCGUUAUACCAACCAUUACAUGACUGUAAAGAAACUCAUUGAUGAUGGAUCAAUAGGAGAGUUGAUUGGUAUUCAGCACCUAGAGCCAGUUGGUUGGUGGCAUUUUGCUCAUUCCUUUGUACGUGGUAAUUGGAGAAAAACCGUGUGUGAUAUUGGAUCAUUAAUGACAAAAUCUUGUCAUGACCUUGAUCUGAUUAAAUUUUUUUUUGGAAGUGCAAAGUGCACCAAAAUUCAGUCAUUUGGCAGUCUAGUUCAUUUUACAUCUACUAAAAAACCUCUCGAAGCUAGCGAUAGAUGCUUAGACUGUAGCAUCGAAAAGGUUUGUCCAUACUCAGCAGUAAGGCAGUAUUUGGGUCCUGUUAAACAAGGUUUUCCAGAUACGUUUUGUCACGUUGUAUGUGACAUACCUGAUAUAGAAAACAUGACUGAAGCAUUACGCACCGGACCAUAUGGGCGGUGUGUUUAUAAUUCCGACAACAAUGUGUGUGAUUACCAAGUUGUUAACAUGGAGUUUGAAGGGAACAAAUAUGCAUCAUUUACAAUGUCUGCUUUUACUAAAGAUGUUUGCUCAAGAAAAAUCACUAUAAUGGGUUCGAAAGGUCGCAUUAUUUGUGAUGGUAAUAAUUUUGAACUUUUUCAGUUUGAUACUAUGAAAACAUCAAUAUUCAAAUCUCGGCGACCCAAAGAAGAAACAAGUAUGUCUGGUCAUGGAUUUGCUGAUUAUUACCUAAUGAAAUCAUUCGUAAAAUCUGUAGCCUCUAAUAACAAAGAUUUGGUGAAAUCCGGACCCGAAGAUAGUCUAAGGGGACAUCGACUUGUUUUUGCAGCGGAAAGAUCAAGAUUAUUGGGCGGUGAAAUGUUAAAGGUGGACAUCUAAAAAUAACUUUAAAAGAUGAAAUUAAUAUCUAAAAAGUUCAUAUUUUUUAAGAUGAAGUUUUGAAAUUAGUACAUAAUUAUAUUUUCUUUGUUCUGAAAUGAGCUGGCUGACUUUGUACCCAAAAUGAGCGGGCUGUAAAUUUGAAAUAAUUACAACUUUUAAACUCUCAAGUAUAUUUUGAUAAAAUUUUAAACUUGUCAAUAUACUUUAUUUUUUUCAAUGCUGUUAUAGUUAGAACUUUUAAACUCUCAAGUAUAUUUUAACAAAAUUUUUAACUUGUCAAUAGACUUUUUUUUUGCAAUGUUAUUUCGGUGUUUUAGAUAAUAUUAAUAUCAGAUAAUAUUAGAAUUUAUUCCGGUAUUUAAUUGUUUCCAAUGGUUUUUUAAUGUUGUUUGAUAAUAUUCUAGUAGUAUUUUUGACGUUA